ACAUGGAAGGCCUUUUCCCCAAGGGGCGAGUGCACCGACACACUGCGGCACCACAGCGACUACGUCAUCGCUCUCGCUGCCGCCCGCGAUGUCCCUCUUGUGGCAUCAGCCGGUCUUGGCUCAGAGCUGUUCAUCUGGGACUUAGCAGCAGCACAGCCUCUCACCUGGUCAGGGGGGUCUCUCCCCCAUACCUCCUCUUCUCCCCCUUCUUCCUCCUCCUCCGGCCCCCCUGCUUCCGCGUCUACCGCUUCCCCUGCUACCUCUGCUGCUGCUUCGGGGCUAGGGGGAGGCAGUACAGGCUCAGGAGCAGGGGGAGCGGGGGGAGCAGGUGGAGCGGGGGGAGCGGGGGGGGCGGGGGGAACAACAGGGGGGACAGGAGUGGGUUCAGCUGCGGGGCCGGUAGUCGGGGUAUAUUCUCCAGUGCCGGCCAAGGGGCAUAAGGACUCGGUGUAUUCUGUGGCGAUGAACAGUGCCGGGAGUGUGGUGGUUUCGGGCGGCACAGAGAAGGUGGUUCGCGUGUGGGACCCUCGCACAGGGACCAAGCAAAUGAAACUAAAGGGACAUACGGAGAAUAUUAGAGCUCUUGCUAUCGACCCCACUGGCAGGCGUGUUUUGAGACGUCUCAAAACACUUCUUCAAACACGUGGUAAGGUGAGGCAAGGCGUGAGAGGAGGUGGUGGUGGGCAUCCUGUGUGGGAUGGGAUGGGACCCAUGGGUGCCAAGAAGAUGAAGCUGAAAGGGCACACGGAGAAUAUUAGAGCACUGGCUGUACAGUCUCUCUUCCAACUCAACGCAUCUUCUCCCUCCCUCCCCCUCCUCUCACACCCCAUUGCAGGUUCUGCUUGUCCGGCUUCUCCGACUCAAUCAUCUGAUGGGUCAGCAUCAAAUAGCUACGAUUGCUCUCGAUUGAAACCGUCUGUUUUCUCUCCCUCCCUCCCCCUCCUCUCACACCCCAUUGCAGUUUCUGUGUGUCCGGCUCCCCCGACUCAAUCAUCUGAUGGGUCAGCAUCAAAUAGCUACGAUCGCUCCCGGUUCAAACCGUCUGUUUUCUCUCCCUCCCUCCCCAUCCCUCUUCUCACACACGCCAUUGCAGGUUCUGUUUGUCCGGCUCCUCCGACUCAAUUAUCCGACGUCUCAAAACACCUAGAGCAGCAGCGCUGUGUGUGUGCACUCCAACGCCGUCCAUACAGACUCGACUCGGUGGGGGCUGUGCACCUGCUCACUGCCUCACCCUGCUCCUUCUCCCUGUGUGCUUCGUUCUCCUUGGUGCAGGCUGUCUGUGCCGCUGUGGGACCUAGGGCAGCAGCACUGCGUGCACUCAUACACGGUUAUGAGGCCUGGGCCAGCAGCGCUGUGUCACUCAUACGCAUGUUCUCUCCCUCUCUCCUUUUUUCUCCUGGACACAGCCUGUGGGACCUGGGCCAGCAGCGCUGUGUGCACUCGUACGCGGUGCACACAGACUCAGUGUGGGCUGUGGCAGCCAAUGAGGAGUUCACACGUGUCUACAGCGGGGGCAGAGAUGCAUGUGUCUACGUCACCGAUCUCGCCACGCGGGAAAGCAUCCUAUUGGCCAAGGAGGAUCGCCCCGUGCUCCACCUGGCGUUACAGCCUGGCGGGGAGAGAGGGGGAAAGGGGAGAGGGGGAAGGGAGGACAGAAGAGAAGGGGAGAGGAGAGGAGGAGGAGGAGGAGGAGGAGGAGUGAUAGAGAGACGGCUGGAUUGUGACAGGAUGUGGGUUAGCACUUCUGCCUCGUCUGUCCGGUGUUGGCCUGCUGACUCUGCUGCUUUGACAGGCGGGACCGGGGACGCAUGGGUAGGGGAGGACGGGGAGAAGGCAGCAAGGAGGGUGGCGGGUGGGGUGGAGGAGCAAGUGACUGGAGCAGCAGCAGCGCAAGCAGACUGCGGAGGAGAUGAGGCAAGAAGAGGGGCGGGAGCAGGAGAGGAGGAGGGGGGCGUGUCACCGAAUGGUCCGGUGUUCUGUGCGAGUCCUGACCUCUCUGCCAGCACAUUCAUCGCCAGCAGCCUUGGGGUGUCCCGCGCCCGAGCCAGCGUGGAAAGCUCUUUCUCUCUGGUGAGUGAAGUGCACUCCAAUCUCCCUCCCCUCCACCCUCCACUGGGUCACCGAAUGGACCGAUGUUCUGCAUGUCACCGGAUGGGUCUUUCGUCUGUGCGAGUGCUUUUGAGAAGUCUCAAAAUUACCAUCAACGCAUUCAACUCUCCUCUUGCUUGCAAAGGCAUGUCACCGGAUGGGUCUUUCGUCUGUGCGAGUGCUGACCUCUCCGCUCGAGCUAGUGUGGAAGGCUCUUUCACACUGUUAACUGAAGAAGAUUCACCUCAGAAACUCCCUCCUCUGUCGGGUGGAAUGCUCUCCUGCUCUGUUGAUUCAAAUGCGCACUCUCCUGCUUGCUUCCGCUCUCCUGCUUGCUUUUGCUCCCCUGCUUGCAUCUGCCCUUCUUCCUUCUUUUACCCAUGUUCCUCUAUUCGCUCAUCCCAUUGCCACCAUCUGUUGCACGCACCACACCCAUCACAUGCCAUGCCCGUUCCCCUAUUCCCCCAUCCGAUCGCCGCCAUCCUUGGCACCGCACCCAUCACACGCCAUGCCAUACUGAACGACAGGCGGCACGUGCUCACGCGGGACGAGGGAGGUGUGGUGAAGCUGUGGGAGAUCACCCGGGGAGCUGUUGUUGCCAACUACGGGGUGAUCAGCGUAAGCCCGUGGUUCUCAGUGGACCUCCGCUUUGGCUGUCUAUCACUGCACCUGGAGUGCCCGCAGUGCUUCUCUGCUGAGAUUUAUGCCACAGACUUGGACGUGCCGGGAGCAUCUGAAGACCUUAAGUGCUUCUCUGCUGAGAUCUACGCCACAGACUUGGACGUGCCAGGAGCAUCUGAAGACCUCAAGUGCUUCUCGGCUGAGAUCUACGCCACAGACUUGGACGUACCAGGGGCGUCUCAAGACCUCAAGUGCUUCUCACCUGAGAUCUACACCACUGACCUGGACGUGCUGGGGGCGUCUGAAGACCUCAAGGUACAUGCACAAAGCUCACUCUCCCGCCUCUCGCUGCACCUGGAGUGCCCACAGUGCUUCUCAGCUGAGAUCUACACCACUGACCUGGACGUACCAGGGGCGUCUGAAGACCUCAAGUUCCCGCCCUCUAUAAUCACAGAGGGCCCUCAGUUUGGCCCGUGGCGGCGGCGGGUUGUGACUCUAGCAGCGGACGGGGCGGGGUGGGAGGAAGCGAGGCUGCUGCUGCCUGGCUGGUGUGCUGACUGCGUGUGGAACGACCGACUGCCCCAGCGGGACCCUAGCAAGUGCAGCUUCUACCUGCAACCCCUGGAUGGCUCACAGCUGCGGCCUCUGACACAGAACAAGCUGAGCGCUCCCAAGAUUCUCAAAAUCCUCAAGGUGAUGAGCUAUGUGCGGGAGAAGCUGGGAUUGGAUGACUUGCAAGAGGAAGAGGAGGAGAGCGGAGGGGGGAUGAAGGGGAGAGCAGGUGGGCCAGUAGGACCCCUGGCCCCUCCUGUGGUGGUUGAGAUUUUCUGCAAUAAUCAGACACAGACGCUAGUCAUGGCUUCCGCUCUCGCCGCGUCGUCGCUGUCGUCCCGCAUUUCCACCAGUCUAGCGUCGGCGCUUCCUAGACACGUCAGCAGCAGCCGCGUCUCGCGGCUCGUCGUCAGAGCGUCCAGCGAUGACGAGGAAUUCGAGGCUCGUCUGGAGCGCCUAAGGCGGAAGAACGCGAGCGGAACGGGGAAAAAGGCGGAGGAGCGGAAAGCUAAGGCCAGCGGAGACGCUCCGCCUGCUUCCUCCUCGUCAUCCGCUUCCUCCACGUCAGACGCCACGUCAGCAGCUGCAGAAGCAGCUAAAAUCGCCGAGAUCCUGCCUCCUCUUCCACUGAAGGAUCCCAUGUCCGACGGGCUACCAGUUUCGCUCGGAUUUUCUGCGUACACGGAGAGAUUGAGCGGACGGCUCGCAGCCAUUGGAUUGGCUGCUCUUGUCUCGGUGGAGCUCGCAUCCGGAUCGUCCAUUUUGGAGUAUCACGACGGCGCGACGAUCGCGGUGCAGGUGUAUUUUCUCCUAGGGCUUGGCGCGCUCUACGUGAAUCUACUUACUUGUUUCCCUCUCCCCUCAUAUUCACAACCCCCGUCCUGCCCUUCUUCCACUCUCUCUCAUUACCCUUCCUUUACCCCCUUCCGCCAUUUCCGCCCCCCUCCCUCCCUCGUCUCCCCUCUCCUACCCCCUCCCUCUCUUCCCCCCUCCCCUCUCCUCCCCCCUCUCCCCUCUCCUCCCCCUCCCCUCUCCUCCCCGCUCUCCACGUACUGCGAAUCCAACUCCUUCCCUCUCACCUUACCUGUCAUCUCCUUUUCAAUCUUCUAUGUGUCUUAUCAAUCACCCACAACCCCAGCCUUCACCCUCGUUUUUUCUUUCUCGCGUUUCUCUCUCUCACUGACUACCUCUCUCACCCUUCCCCUCGUCCCCUCGUGUGAGGAACCUGCCUCUUGCUUUUCUCAUCUCCAACUCCAUCCCUCUCUUCACUCUAUCUCCUCCCCCCCUCCUUUACUCCCCUCUUCACUCUCUUCCCCCAUCCUCUCCCCUCCUCUCCCCAUCCUCUCCCAUCCUCUCCCCUCUCCUCUCCUCUCCCCUCCUCUCCUCUCCUCUCCCCUCCUCUCCCCUCCUCUCCCCUCCUCCCCUAUCUUUUCUCCUCCUCUCCUCUCCUCUCCUCUCCCCUCCUCCCCCCUCCUCUCGCCUCCUCUCCCCUCCUCCCCCCUCCUCUCGCCUCCUCUCCCCUCCUCUCGCCUCCUCUCCCUUCCUCUCGCCUUAGCUCCCCUCCUCUCUCCUCCCCACCCCUCCUCUCCCCUCCUCUCCCCUCCUUUCCCCUCCUCUCCCCUCCUUUUCCCUCCUCUCCCCUCCUCUUCCCUCCUCUUCCCUCCUCUUCCCUCCUAUCCCCUCCUCUUCCCUCUCCUCUUCCAUCCAUCUCUACAAUCUCUCGUCCUUCUUCUUGGCCUGCUAUCCCUUCGUCCCAGUCUUCACACCUGUCUACAUUGUCACACCUAUCAGCAGUAA